UUGACCUGUUACAGUAUACUGCUGUAUCUCAGAGAAAACCUCAAACAGGAAACAUCAUCAAAGAGAAAAGAUAUGGCCUCCUACGCAAAGACAAACAUAUUUUACAUUUCAGUCGGAUUUUGGCUCAGUUUAGGUUUUGAAAGAUACAGCGGUUGGUCAGACCAUGUAUUAACUGUUCAGACUGGAGGAUCUGUCACUAUCCCAUGUUAUUAUGACAAGAAAUACACACAGCAGAAGAAAUCCUGGUACUCAGUGAUUGAUCAAACAUCCACAUACACAAACACAACAGAGCAGAAUCUAUCAGUAAUUGAUCAUCCUGAUCAGAGUCUCUUUACUGUGACUAUGAGAAACCUGCAGAACAAACACACUGGAAAUUAUUAUUGUGUUGCGGAUAUUGGAGAAAACAAAACAAAUAUAACAUACGAGGUUUAUCUCAAGAUUCAGUCUGCUCCUGAUGUGUCUGUGGUGAACAGCAGUGUCUCUGGACAUGAAGGUGGUGAUAUCAGUGUUCAGUGUCUCUACAGUUCUGGAUAUCAGAAUAAAGUCAAACAGUGGUGCAGAUAUAAAGAUCAGAGAUGUUACACAUCCCAGAAUUCAUCAGUGCAGAUCAGAGAUGAUGAUGGGAGAAGAUCCUUCACUGUGCUGAUUACUGGACUGAGACGGACUGAUUCUGGCUGGUACUACUGUUCUGUAGGAGAUCUGCAGGUUCCUGUUCAACUCACAGUCACUGAACCCAAAAGAGCAUUUACAACUAUUCCAGCAACUGCACCAUCUGACUCGGAGGCAGACAUGUAGGUGAAACAUACU